GGCUGUGCUGCACACGACCAAGUCAUGGACGAAAAUAGAUAACCCGUCGGGGCAUCUGUGAGCUUCGUCCCCUUGAGAAAAGACACUCUCAAAAAAAACACCAACACAACCAUCAACAAAAGAAAGAAAAAAACAUGGGCAUCUUCGAUAAACUGGUCAGCACACCCAAACCAGGAGGCGCAGGAGGAGGAGGACCACCACCAUCAUACACCCAGGCCAACAACAACAACACCAGCACCAAUCCAUAUCCAUCGACAUACAACAACCAAGCCGGCUACCACUCGUACGACGCCAAUAACGGCUCUUCUCUAGGAGGACCGAGUGCUGGAGCGGCGGGGAGCGACCAACGUCCAUUACCACCCGGCUGGGAAAAACAAUGGCAUGACGGAUAUCAGCGCUACUUCUAUGUCGACACCCGGGCCCCUAAUGGCCCUCAAUCCCAUUGGAUCCAUCCCGUCGACCAACAACAACAACCACAACAGAGUCUCCCGGCAGGAGCGGAGGCUGGCCGGCUCUACAAUCCGCCGCCGCCCUCCAAUCAAGCUUAUUAUCCUUCGCAGCCUCAACCUGCUGGAUAUCAACAGCCGAUGUACCAACAGCAGCCGAUGACAGUCGGCCAACCGGCGCCCAAUCCGCGCCGGGCCGGCGGAGGCAUGAACCCUUUGGUAGCCGGCGCGGGCGGCUUAGCCGGCGGAAUGCUGCUGGGCUCGAUGUUAGAAGGCCACCACCAUCACCACCAAGACCAUAACUACAUGGAUGGGUAUGAACAGGGAUACGAGAACGGAUAUGAUAACGGGUUCGAGAAUGGAGACGAGUGGGGCGGCGGAGGCGACGAUUGGGGCGGCGGAGGCGACUUCUUCUGAUCUUCUCUCGAGAGAUUCGCAUACCCUCAUCAGCCUCAUCUCUAUUUUCUUCCUCUUUUGGUGCGCUGGGCUUGCUUCCACCAUCCUCGAACCCAUCCAUCGAGACGAUUUAUUUGUGCAUAUAUGUUAAUACAUCGAUCGUCUUCCUCGCACCCCCCAAAAAAGGGAUCUUAUUUUCUAGUAUGUACAUACCGUCCUUGACUUACUUAUAUACACGACCAUCAUCAAAUUCUUCUUCUUCUCCGGAUUUUGUAUCCAACCAUUGUUGUUUAAGAUGUCCUCCACAUAAAUAAGUAGCCGAGAAUCUAUGCCCAAAAACAGACCAAAAAAAAGAAACACUGAUCGGGUCGGUCGAUGCGUUGUUUCCUAUGUCCGAGGGAUCGCAUGUCCUUCUCUUCGUCCUUGACGCUUACAUAUCACCUAAAACCCACAUCCUCUCCGCUCUCCUCCCCCAAAAAUUCGUGCCCA